CGCUAUCUCAAUUUACCAAAAAAAGGAACAAAAAUCAAAUAACAUUAGGCUCUCUAUCAUUUAAUUAUUAUCACAAUUAUGGUUGCCACUGCACAUUUGCUAUGCAAAGACUCAAUGCUCUCCAUAGCAAGAAGGGUAUCACUAUCAAUGGCAUCGACGACGAGACCAUCUUCUCCAAAUUCUCUCUCCAAACUCAUCAUGAAUUCAAACAAUUGUUUCGGGGGAUCGAUAAAGCUCACAACCUUAGUUCGACAGCUCCGACUUUACAAACCCCCUCCUCCGACGAUCGAUGAAACAACCGAUGUCGAAGAGCAGAGAAUCGAAGAGAGUGCAGGGAAGGUGGUUUCUCAGGUGGGUUUUGUCGAAUCUGCAACCCCAAUUGCCGGAAAACCCGAAAGAUUCAGACCCAAGAGAGCCUCUGUUCUGAUCUGUCUCUUUGAAGGGGAUGAUGAUGAUCUUCGUGUCAUUCUCACUAAGCGCGCUUCCAAGCUCUCUUCUCACUCAGGUGAAGUUUCAUUGCCAGGUGGGAAAGCAGAGGAGGGAGAUGCAGAUGAUGCGGAAACAGCAACUAGGGAAGCAAAUGAGGAGAUAGGGUUGGACCCUUCUCUUGUGAAUGUUGUGACUGUCCUCGAACCAUUCUUGUCUAAGCAUCUCCUCAGAGUAAUUCCUGUUAUUGGCAUACUUUCCAACAAAAAAGCAUUCAACCCUACUCCAAAUGCUGCCGAAGUGGAAGCAGUAUUUGAUGCUCCCCUGGAAAUGUUUAUAAAGGAUGAAAAUCGGAGAGCAGAGGAGAGAGAGUGGAUGGGGGACAAGUAUCUGAUUCAUUACUUCGACUAUGAAACAGAUAGUAAGAAGAAGUAUGUGAUAUGGGGUUUAACGGCCGGGAUUUUGAUUAGGGCAGCAUCGGUUGUGUACCAAAGGCCACCAGCUUUUAUUGAGCAGAACCCCAAAUUCAAGGUUUCUAAAGUUCUCGACAAAGAUAUACUAUAAUGCCUUAGAACUACUAGCAAUAUUGUUCUAGUUAGAUGAACAUUUGUGCAUAAAGGGGACUUGUAGAGACCAAGAUGAAAAGGCAUUUCUUACCUUGUGUAAACCAUUCGACCACGAAGUCAAGAAAGUGCUGCAAAGAAAUUUGAGAAGCGACGAGGCAACUGAUAUCUAACAUCGAAAGGAAACAUUAGCGUAGAGUGAAUUGUGGGGUGCGUUGUUACUGGCGGAUCUUCCUUCAGGUGAGUUGGCGUAAGGAGUGUGAAAAUGUUGUCCACGUACAGAUCUUGAUUGGUUGGUUGUUCGUGCAAGGUUCGUUCCAAGUUCAGGAACCUUGUUCGGUUGAAGAACCUUUAAUUCAGUUUUAAACUCAUGCAUCAAGAUAUCUUUACAUGUUAACAGCAUGAGAAUGUUAGUAUUUUGUUGUCAGAAAUAUUCUGUAAUAUUUCAAAAUGAAGCUGAAAUUUGCUUGACUAUUCGAUUCCA